AUGCCACAAGCAGUUCCUGCGUCGGGGUUCCAGGGCCUGGUGCUCUGUGGACCUGGCAUUUCUCUGUCUACUUUCACGUCCAGUACCGAUGCUUCAAAGGCACUUAUUCCCGUCCUAAAUCGUCCCAUGGUGUGGUAUAGUUUAGAUUGGCUAUAUCGCAUGGGGAUUACAAAUAUUACCCUCAUUACACCUCCUUCCAGCCAAGCUGCUCUUGAAGCUGCCCUAUCACAAAACCCCCACCUUACUUCUCUGCCGUCGCCAUCUCCGUCAGUCAUAGCCCCCACAGGUUUAACCUUGACAACCGGUACCGCAGAACUGCUACGCCUUCCAGAAGUUCAAGCUUGCAUCAAGUCCGAUUUCGUCCUCCUACCUUGCGAUCUUAUUUGCGAUAUCCCUGGAGAAUCCCUCCUCGAAGCAUGGAUGGUAACUCAAAGCGCGUUGGGAGGGUCAACAAUGAGCGGAGGGUGGAAUGCAAAUGGUCCGAAGACUGUUGGCAUGGGCGGUGAGGCGGGGGGUCGUCGCGGUGGUUUGGCAGUGUUCUAUGAAACAAAAGGACGAGAAGAGAGCGUCAAGGGAGAGGUGGCUGACUUCGUGGCCACCGCACCUCUUGACCAAGAUGAAGCACCGGCGGUUUCCCAUCCCGCCGAUGGGCCUGCUUCGCUAAGAUUUGGGCUAUCUAAACUGGUCCUGACUAUGCCAAUGGAUACCCUCAAGGAGAAGAUGGAGGAGGACAAGGGACUUCUCAUUCGCCAUUCGCUAGUGAAAAGGCACGCACGGGUCAAAUUGUUGACUAGCUACAGGGACGCACACAUUUAUAUAUUUCCCUACUGGGUCAAAAUGGCGCUGCUGCUGAACGAGAAAUUCGAGAGCGUCAGCGAAGAUCUUGUGGGUUGGUGGGCCAAAGCAGAAUGGCAAACCGGGCUGGGCGAAAAGCUACGAUUACGAGAAAUCUUCCACCCCGAAAGCAGUAAGGGGGGAGAUAACGGGAGCCAGGAUGGCGAGUCGGUGGAGGAGGAGAUCGAUAUUAAAGCCAUGAGCACGACCAAAGCCGGCACUGGAGAGUCCCGCGAUGUAUCCCUAGUCGACACACCGGGUGAAUUUCAAUUCGCCUCGCGAGUCAAGAGCUUCGGUACGGACUCAGGCCUGGAGUCUCCAAAGAAGGAAAAACUCACCAUUCCGCCGAUACUGGCUUACAUGCAUUCAUCCUUACCUUCUGCACCUUUGAUCCGGCGCGUGGACACAUCAGCCCUCCUACUCUCCGUCUCGCUGCGCCUUGCCAAGCUCGAGUCUAUCGAAGAAGCCGGCCGCGCGGCGUCUCCGUUUGCCCACCAACAGAAGAUCGCGUACCCCGCCGGAGUAGCCCAGCGCUGCACAGUCACCAAGGCCGACUGCGUGCUCGGCGAAAACGUGACCGUGGAAGAGAAGUGUGUCAUUAAAGAGACCGUCAUCGGAGCGAACUGCCACAUUGCCAGCGGCGCCCGACUGACCCGGUGUCUCGUCAUGUCGGGCGCCGUCAUUGGCGAACGGUGCCAAUUGACCGGGUGUAUUGUCGGGCGGCGCAGCAAGAUCGGCCGUGAGAGUGUACUCAAGGACUGCGAGAUUCAGGACGGCAACGUUGUGCCGGACGAGACGGACGCGAAGAACGAGAAAUUCAUGGUCUUUGAGGGAUUGGAUGAAGAUGGCGAGGGCAUGGAUGUGUCUGAAGAUUUCGAUAAUGACGGCGACGACCUGGGAUUCUGA